UGUAUUAAAGACGCGUGCCGGCGCGCGCGCCCCCAACGCUCGAGCCUUUACGUAUCGGCGUAAACACGUGCCGGUCCCCUGGUUACGGGUUUCUUUUGGCAUUUCCCCCCCACAAUCACCCAUCGAUCCUGUUCUCUCUCUCUCUCUCUCUCUCCUCACUCUUUAUUCUCAGCCAGUAGCAGCAGCAGAGGCCGUGAUGGCGGACCCCGCAGCAGCAGACGCAGCAUCCUCUCCAUGUCCGACUCCGGGCCUUUCUCCAGCCGUGAGCCCGGGCUCCGAGCCUCCCUCCGCGGCUCUGUCUCCGUCGGCGGGCGGCGCGCAGAGGCUGCUUUUCUCGCAUGAUCUGGUGUCGGGUCGGCACCGCGGUUCUCUCCGCUUUGGCCUGGUGCGAAUGAUCCACGGAGAGGAGGACUGGACCGAGGACGAGGAUGAGGAGCUUGAUGGCGGCGGAGGCAGAGACGGUGGCGGUGGAGACGGCGGUGGUGGCGGCGGCGGCGGCGGCACCACCGGCACCGGCGGUGGUGGAGGAGGAGGAGGAGGUGGAGGAGUCGGGGGAGGCGGCGGCCGCGUCCACGGGAGCUCGGAUACUGAGAACGGCGGACCGGAGCCCCGGACAUGGCCUCUCGGUAGGGGCUUCGUGCGCGUGCAGUGGUAUCCCGAGGGCACGAAGCAGGAUGUCCGGGAAACGAAGUUGAAACUUGAAGAUCGAUCCAUUGUGCCUCGAGACUUUGUGCGUCGAAUGAAUUCAAAUGAUAAGCAGUGCGGUAUAGUGACCAACAUUAACACGGAGUGCGCGGUGAAGCUGGUGGGGACCAACUGCUGUCUAUAUCCUGUAAACAGUCGAGACCUGCAACACAUCUGGUCUUUUAUGUAUGGUGAUUACAUCGUGUACGACUUCUGGCUGGGGAAGGUGUACGAUCUCAGCAACCGCAUCAUCCUGAAGCUGUCCAAUGGAGCACGAUGUUCAAUGAGUGAAGAAGACGGAGCCAAACUCUACGAUGUUUACCCACAUGUCAGCGAUUCGGGGCUGUUCUUCGACGAGGCAUACGGCUUUUACCCGGGUCAGGUCCUUAUCGGUCCAGCUAAAGUCUUCUCCAACGUGCAGUGGCUGUAUGGCGUGAAACCCGUCCUGAGCAAAAAGAGCAAAUUCAGAGUGGUGGUAGAAGAGGUGCAGGUUGUGGAGCUCAAAGUGACGUGGAUCACAAAGAGUUACUCUCCUCAAGGCUCGGACAGCGUCUUUCCCCCUCCAUCCACCAUCACACAGGAGAACCUCUGCAGAGUGAAGCGUCUGGGAUACUUUGACCACACACAGAGGCAGCUUGGCGAGAGAGCUCUCUACGUCUUUCCUGCUAAAGGAGACGCAACAAGAAUCACCUGCGAGGGCCCAGAGGGGGCGCCGGUUUUACCCGAGGACCCAGUUAUCCGAAAGGUCAAACGAAUGUUUAAAAAGCACCCAGGAAAGAAGGCAACAGAGAGCACGGAGUCACAGUGCAACAGUGUGCAGGCAUCUGGGAAAACAGAUGAAGCUGAAGAGCAACAAUCGGUAGCACCUCAUGACCAUACAGAGGAGCACGCCGUGCCACAGCGCUCGAAUAACGGCCCCGUUCCAAAUGAGGAAGGGAAGGAGGAAGAGCCGACAGUACCCCAGGCACAAUGGCCUCUUCUCGGAGAGCUGGAGUCAGACGAGGACGCCGCAGAGGACACGGACGACACGAGUUCGAUCACGUCCUCGGCCAGCUCCACGGCCUCGCUGCACAGUGGUACGAGCAGGAAGAAAAGCAUCCCUCUGUCUAUCCGCAACCUGAAGAGGAAACACAAGAAAAAGAAGACCAAGUUCUCCCGGGAGUUCAAACCAGGAGACAGAGUGGCUGUGGAGGUCGUUUCCACGGUUACCUCAGCUGAUGUCAUGUGGAAGGACGGUCGUCUGGAGACAGGAAUCCGUUCAAACGACCUCAUCCCAAUCCAACACUUGGACAACCACGAAUUCUGCCCUGGAGACUAUGUAGUCGACAAACGAAGCCAAGCUCUGCAGGAUCCGAGCGUAUAUGGUGUGAUUCAGAGAGGAGACCACAAGGCCAGGACAUGCGUGGUGAAGUGGAUCAAGCUAAACUCUACAGGAGACGAUGUGGAGGUGCUCGGUGUGGAAGAAGAUGUCAGUGUUUACGAUAUAUCCGAUCACCCCGACUUCCACUUUCACACUACGGAUAUCGUCAUACGGAUAGGCAACUCGGGCUCUGAGGAGUUCAAUGAUGAGAGGACUGUCGGCCAGGUGUGCAGAGUUGAUGUCAGCAGUAAAGUGGAGGUGGUCUGGGCUGAUAACUCGAAAUCUGUUGUCUUGCCUCAGCAUCUGUACAACGUCGAGUCAGAGAUUGAGGAGACGUACUACGACUCGGGCGAGGGCAGUACCAGCGGCGCCUCCUCUGAGGAAUGGGAGGACGAAAGUGACAGCUGGGAGACUGAUAAUGGCCAGGUAGAAGAGGAGGCGGGGACAGGAGGAGAAGACUCCACCCCUAAAACAGAAGCUCUGCCUGAGGUCAAACCCAUGACGCCUACAGACACACAGGGGACCCCUGCGACACCUGAAAUGCCAACAGGUGGAGCCCCAACAAGUGAGGAAAAGGCCAGCAAGGAGACACCGCGGCUAGCUUUCCGCGAGCUCAAAGAGGCGCUGAAGAUUUUGGAAAGCUUGAAGAAUAUGACAGUGGAGCAGCUGUGGACCGGCUCGCCCACCUCACCCACUGCCGAGCCAACAGGCGCCACUGGCACUGCGCCUCCACCUGAUGCCAAGCCCACGAAGGAGAAACGCUUCCUGGAUGACAUUAAGAAGCUGCAGGAGAACCUGAAGAAAACACUAGACAAUGUGGCCAUCGUGGAAGAGGAGAAGAUGGAAGAGGAGCGGGCGUCAGUCCCAGCUGAGCCCCAGACACCGGUGCGUUCCGAGUGGCCCAGCGAUACGCCCGUCCUAUGCCAGCAAAGUGGCGGUAAACCUGGGGUCACGUUCACCAGUGCCAAGGGAGAGGUGUUCUCUGUGCUCGAGUGGGCGCCAGACACUCACACCUUUAAGAAGAUGGAGUUCCAGCCGGCUGAAGCGAAGAAGUUCUUCAGUACAGUCAGAAAGGAGAUGGCUUUGCUGGCCACGUCGUUGCCUGACGGCAUCAUGGUCAAGACAUUCGAGGACCGCAUGGACCUGUUUUCAGCUCUAAUCAAGGGUCCUACACGUACACCAUAUGAAGAUGGUCUGUUCUUAUUCGACAUCCAGUUGCCCAACAUCUACCCUGCUGUGCCACCACUUUUCCGCUAUUUGUCACAGUGCAGCGGACGUCUCAACCCAAACCUUUACGACAAUGGCAAAGUGUGUGUCAGCCUGUUAGGCACAUGGAUUGGAAAGGGCACGGAGAGGUGGACGAGCAAGUCGAGUCUCCUGCAGGUGCUCAUCUCUAUUCAAGGUCUGAUUUUGGUCAACGAGCCGUACUAUAACGAGGCAGGUUUUGACAGCGACCGCGGCCUGCAGGAGGGCUAUGAAAACAGUCGUUGCUACAAUGAAAUGGCCCUCAUCAAGAUGGUGCAGUCCAUGACGCAGCUCCUGGUGCAGCCCAUCGAGGUCUUCCAGCAGGAGAUCCGUGAGCACUUCUCCACCAGCGGCUGGAGACUCGUGCAGCGACUCGAGUCCUGGCUAGAGCUGGACUCCGCAGUGACUGAACGCGGUGCUCGGAGCUCCGGCGCCGUGCGGGCCGAGCCACUGGACGAGGAGGUUCCUGAGGUGCUGGCGCACAGCAGCCCUACGGGAAAACCCGAGUCCAGAGGUGAGGAGGAGCUUGAAGACUCCGGUCUCGGUGCCUCCAAGGACCUUAGCUCAGAUUUGGACAGCUCCAGGGGGAUAGAGUCUACGCAGCAGGCUGGCAAAGCGGCACAGGAGUCUCAGCCAUCUGUCAGGCCAAAGAAGCGGAGGCGGAGCUACCGCAGUUUCCUUCCAGAGCGCAGUGGCUACCCGGACAUUGGCUUCCCGCUCUUUCCCCUGUCAAAGGGCUUUGUUAAGAGUAUGCGCGGCGUCCUCUUUCAGUAUCGUGCAGCCCUGAAUGCUGCUGGUAUCCCUGAAGAGAAAUAAUCACUUAUCCUCUCAUCACAUCUUCCAUUUUUUUUCCUCUUUCCUUCACUCCCAUUAAGAGCUGCACUCGAACCCUUUAACCUGCGGGUCUCUAGCAAGGCUGUGCCCCCUUCCCUAGCCAACCACGUGUUUUGAC